AUGGCUGGAUCCUGUCAACAUCUAAAACCUGAUGAAUCUCCCUCUCCUUUUAGUCCCUUCCAUGAAGGAAUAUCAAUGUUGUUAUCAAGAUGGACAGCCCUACAAAUGGCCGUCCAAAACCAAUGGGGUGGCCGUGAUUCUUUCAUGAAAUCUCAGCAACUAGCCUAUGAAAUUAACUCUUGGUUUUCUCAACCUAAAGUUGUGCGGCCUGAGACUGUAUGGUUUAACCGUGCAAUUGGCAUGAUGCAAUGUUUUACAAGAUCGAAUGAUAGAAAAAGGGCCUUACUUCUCGUAAAUUGUUAUAUAAAUACAGUAUCUCUUCAUAUAGAAGACUUAGAGAGUCUGUUGCACGAGAGAUUACUCCUUUCUUUCAACACAGAGAUUGAGGAUGGCAGUAUUGAGGAGAUUGCAGAACAAUUGAUGACAAUGCAUGAAGAAUCUUUGCAUGGGAAUCGGAGAUUGAGCGUGGAGUCAAAUCAACACUUGUUGGAAUCUGCUCAAGAUGCUCCUUCAAAGAGGACUGGUGCGCAUUCGCUAGCCACCUGA